CUGCGAGCAGCCACCGAGAGGGGACCCAUUUGUUGGCUGUAUUAACGACCUCGAAUUGCUUCGAUAUUUUCUCUCUCUCAGUUAAUUAAGUUUCCAACCAAGUUCUCGGACUCUUAUCUGGAUGCGAUGGCCAGCUCGGGACUGCAGCUCCUCGGCUUCUUCCUCUCACUGGUCGGUCUCGCCGUCACCGUCGCCGCUACUCUGAUGGUCCAAUGGAAGAAGCAGUACCAGGGCAAGACGCACCGCAUCUACGAGGGCUUGUGGAUGAGCUGCAGUGGCAACGAGAGAACCACCUGUGAAUUUCACCAGUACCUCCUGAAGCUGCCAACUGAGGUCCAGGCUACUAGAGGCGUGAUGCUGCUCAGCAUCUUCCUCUCCGCUGUGGCGCUGCUGGUGUCCACAGUGGGAAUGAAGUGCACCCGCUUCAUGGACGGCAAAGAUGAGAGCAAAUCCACAACAGCUAUGGUCGGAGGAAUCAUGUUCAUGGUUGCAGGUUUAUUGACCCUCAUCAUAACAUCCUGGUACGUCAAAAUGAUUGUUCAGAUCUUCAAUGAAUCCCAUCGCCUGCAGAGCUUUGAGUUCGGUAAUGCCGUGUUUGUCAGCUGGGCUGGUGGCCUCCUCACUAUGGCUGGCGGUGCUUUCCUUGGCUGUCGAAGAUGCACGCAGUCCCAGUCCAUGAGCUCCAACCACCUCCUCUCCACCAGCCACCCAAAGUCCAACUACGUCUAGUGGAGGAGAGCAGGGGAGAGGCUUUGAUACAGCCAGCGCUGAAUUUACCAACAGGAGCAGGUUGUGUUUCUACGAUGAGGAAAAAUCCCACUGAAGGAUUAUAAAUACCACCUGCUGAACAUCAAGUCAGUAACCAGGAUCAGGACUACACACAAGAUCAAGCUGAUAACCACACAUAACACUUAUGUGUGGUUAUUACUUCGAUGCCAGUAACUGCAGUAAUUUAUGCUGCUGUCAGCAGUUUUUCUUUUCCAUCGAGAGAAAUAAAAGUAAGGAUUCCAUUUGUAAUUGAUGACAAAAAUUCAAAUAUCAUAUGAAGUUAUCAAUAUGCUGCGGGAAUGAGUCCUAAAACCCGGACAAAUCUCAUUGGCUUUGUGUCGAGGGAACCAAAAAAUACCACGUCAUCCCUGCAGCACUCAAUUCUUCCAGGUCUAUAUGUAUAUAUAUACAUACUGUUUGUGUAAUUAUGAAUUCACAAAGUUCCUCAUCACAACACUUUCAAUAGUUUGCAGCAUGGAUCCAAAGUUUCGACAAUUGAUGGAACUAUUUAUUUUAAGGUGUACAUUGUUGUACAAUUCAUUCCUCUUCAGUUCUAUUAAUGUAGAUUUGUUUGUGCGAUGUUGUUCGUUAAUUUUUAUAUUGUCUUGUCGUGUUUUCAUGUAAUUUUGUUGCUGUUGCCAUUUGAAAGACAUUUUGAAAAUAAAAAUAAAAUAUUUCCGUAGUCUU